UUUUUUUCCCCCUAUAGCAUCCCGCGUUCCAGAAUCUUCCCAAAAAAUUAAACAGGGAUGUUGCGGGAAGGGAUGUGUGAAAGGCGAGAGCAGUGACGCUGGUACACGCUGAAAUAUUUAGCCAAAAGGUGUUUACGCUCUCUGCAUUCGCAGGCCUCGUAGAAGCUGCAGGCAUGGCCGCCUGAGGCCUCCCGCCACCGCCGCCACUGAGGAAGUCGCGCGUCAUGCCCCCCCACAGCCGCUUCCCAGGGGGCAUCGGGCUGCCCACGUCCGGACCCGUCUUCCUCUGCCUGCUGGUGGCGCUGCUCCAGCCGGCCUCCCUUUGCCCCCCGCCCUGUCUCUGCUCUUCAGACGGCCGGCUGGUGGACUGCGGGGGCCGCGGCCUCUCCUCGCCCCCUCCCCUGCACCUUCUGCCAGCGGGGAGUCGCUCGCUCCUGCUGGCCAACAACAAGCUGGCUUCGCUGGGAGCCUCGGCCUUCGCUAACCUCUCCUCUCUGGAGGAACUGGACCUCUCGAACAACUACCUUGACAAUUUACCGGCUGGAUUAUUCCGAGACAUGAGCAAUCUGACCAAACUGAGCCUGAACAACAACUCUCUUACAGGAAUGGACAGAGAGCUCUUCCAGGGUCUGGGGGGUCUCCAGAGUCUGGAUCUUUCACUCAACGGCCUGGCAUCUGUUCCUUUGGGGCUUUUGGAUGAAGUCGAGGGGCUCAGGUGGCUGUCUCUGGCUGGUAACAGGCUUCGCGGAUUGGAGAGGGCGGCGUUUGAGCCUCUCGCCCACCUCCAACACCUGGAACUGGGACACAACCCCUGGGAAUGUGACUGCAACCUACGGGAGUUCAAACACUGGAUGGAGUGGCUAUUGUACAGAGGCGGAAAGGUGGAUGCAGUGGAGUGCACGCUACCGAAAGAUCUGCGGGGGCGAGACAUCCGUGGCGUUCCCGUGGAAAUGUUCAACUACUGCCUGCAGCUCGAGGAUGAGAACGGGGGAGGAGGAGGCGAAGGAUCCCGAGGAGGGCCUCCCUGCAGCAGGGGCGCUCUUAACCCCAGCGGUGUGCCGCCAAUUUCUGGUGGUGAUGACUCCUCUUCAAACACAGGAGGAAGGGGAGGUGGCGAGGCCCCGGCAGAAUGCGUGCGCGCCCGCUACCGGCCCGUGAGCGUGCGGCGCGCCAUCGGCACGGUGGUGAUCGCCGGCGUGGUGUGCGGCAUCGUCUGCAUCAUGAUGGUGGCCGCCGCUGCGUACGGUUGCAUCUACGCCUCGCUCAUGGCCAAAUAUCAGCGGGAGCUGAAGAAGAGGCAGCCGCUCAUGGGAGACGGCGAGGUGGACGCGGAUGACAGGGAUGAGAAACAGAUCUCUUCGGUGGCGUAG